CGGCGCCGGGGCAGACCGUGAGCGAGAGCGCCCCAGAGAAGCGCUUGCAACCUCGGCUCCUCCUCCGCCAGAACCUCGAGAGAAGGACGCCGGCAGCCUCGGUCCUAGCCUCCCCGCUCUCCCGGAGCAUCCGAUCCCGCUGCUUGUUGGCUUUCGUGUCGCCGCGCUCGCCCCGGUUCUUUCUGCGCGCCACAAUGAGCUCCAGCACCGCCAGGGCGCUCGCUGUCGCCGUCACCCUUCUCCACUUGACCAGGCUGGCACUCUCCACCUGCCCCGCCGCCUGCCACUGCCCUCUGGAGGCGCCCAAGUGCGCCCCGGGAGUCGGGUUGGUCCGGGACGGCUGUGGCUGCUGUAAGGUCUGCGCCAAGCAGCUCAACGAGGACUGCAGCAAAACGCAGCCGUGCGACCACACCAAGGGGCUGGAAUGCAAUUUCGGCGCCAGUUCCACGGCUCUGAAAGGGAUCUGUAGAGCUCAGUCAGAAGGCAGACCCUGUGAAUAUAACUCCAGAAUCUACCAGAACGGGGAAAGCUUCCAGCCCAACUGUAAACAUCAGUGCACAUGUAUCGAUGGCGCCGUGGGCUGCAUUCCUCUGUGUCCCCAAGAACUGUCUCUCCCCAACCUGGGCUGUCCCAACCCCCGGCUGAUGAAAGUCAGUGGGCAAUGCUGUGAGGAAUGGGUCUGUGAUGAAGACAGUACCAUCAAGGGCUCCCUGGACGACCCGGAUGACCUCGUUGAAUUUGAUGCCUCAGAGGUGGAGUUGACGAGGAAGAAUGAGUUAAUUGCAGUUGGGAAAGGCAGCUCGCUGAAGAGGCUUCCUGUCUUUGGCACGGAACCGCGAGUCCUUUACAACCCUCUGCAUGGCCAGAAAUGCAUCGUCCAGACAACGUCGUGGUCCCAGUGCUCCAAGAGCUGCGGAACUGGCAUCUCCACGCGAGUUACCAAUGACAACCCAGAGUGCCGCCUGGUGAAAGAGACCCGGAUCUGUGAAGUGCGUCCUUGUGGACAACCGGUGUACAGCAGCCUCAAAAAGGGCAAGAAAUGCAGCAAGACCAAGAAAUCCCCAGAACCGGUCAGGUUUAAUUACGCAGGAUGCUCCAGUGUGAAGAAAUAUCGGCCCAAAUACUGCGGCUCCUGCGUAGACGGCCGGUGCUGCACGCCUCUGCAGACCAGGACCGUGAAGAUGCGAUUCCGCUGCGAAGAUGGGGAGAUGUUUUCCAAGAAUGUCAUGAUGAUUCAGUCCUGCAAAUGUAACUACAACUGCCCACACCCCAACGAGGCAUCGUUUCGCCUCUACAGUCUGUUCAAUGACAUCCACAAGUUUAGGGACUAAGUGCCUCCUGGGUUCCUAGCAUGGGGCGGAGAGGAAGAGUGUGAGCAUCGUGGAGACGUGGGUGGGGCGGUGGGGUGAAGGGGCUCAUUGUAAAAGGGAUGCCUUGCUCAUCACUGAGUAGCAUUACGGUAUUUCAGAACUGCCAAGGGGGCUGGUGAGGACGGACACUAAAGCAGCGGCAGUGGGGAAUACUUUGCUUCAUAGUACUGGAGCACCUGUUAUGCUUCAUUUUGGAGCGUGUCGUGUGGAUGGCGUUCUGUUUUCUGUUUGUAAAUUAUUUGCUAAGUGUAUUUUUUUAAUCUACAUCUCCCCCCCCCUUGGUUCUACAAUUGUAAUAGAGAUAAUAAGAUUGUUUGUCCUCUGAUAGAAGUAAAUGAAAGGGCCUCCCAUUCCUUCCUGAGGGAGGGGGACACUCUGUGAGUGUCCAGAGGCAGCUAGCUACCUGCACUCUAAACUGCAAACAGAAACCAGGUGUUUUAAGACUGAAUGUUUAUUAUUUAUCAAAAUGUAGCUUUUGGGGAGGGAGGGGAAAUGUAAUACUGGAAUAAUUUGUAAAUGAUUUUAAUUUUAUAUCAAUGAAGAGAAUUUAUUUAUGAAAUUAAUCAUUUAAUAAAGAAAUAUUUACCUAAUAUUGGAGUGUCUGCUAUUUGGCAUUUUUAGAAGCCAUCCAAGUUAUCAGGAGCAAUUAGUUGCUCCUGUCAAUCAUUCCAACAGGAUUUUUUGUUGUUGUUUUUUGACGCCCUACUAUGUGUUGAGAACUAUCCUAGGUGCCCUACUUGGAUAACUGAUAACUCAGGAGAGAAAAUAGGACAGUGGUUGUCUUUGCACAUCUUUAAAGGAAAAAUGGUGACAUACAAGUCAUCAGUUUGGAGAGCAAAGUUUUGAACACAGGCAUUGUAUGAAAUAAAAGGCAGCUGAAGUUUAAUUUGUUAACCUAAAACAAUGAUUUAUUUUUUUAUAAGAAUUGAAAGAAGAUUAGUCCCCAACUCCAGGAGAACCUUUUAAUAACCUUGGGCCUGAACUACUUGAAGCAUAUUGAAAAGGUCACUUAGUUUGUAACUUUGUGUUUUUUUAAUAUUGUAUCUAAAAGUUAGGCAAGCUGCUUUAACGUUUACCCUUGGUUUGUAUGGGGGGCGGGGGAAUCAGGAUCUAUAGGGUUCCUGGUUCGUUAAUAAUAGAUGAGCUUGAAUCAAAGACUUGUGUUAAUCCGAAUAAGCCAGCGAUUAGGUAAACACACUACCAAAUGCAAAGGAAUGUGAGGAAUUUCAGUACUUUCCAAUCUAAAGGACCAGGGCUACCCACCCCCUUCCUUACAUUACAUUGGUGGCAGAGGGAGCAUUUAGAUAGAGUGGGCUAUCCAGAGGUCAAAGGCUAGUCACUGAGCAUUCCUAAAAGAAACGUCCUGACUGCGGGACUAGGAGAGGUAGAGACAGCUGCAAUAAUGUUUGUGGGGAAAAAAGCCAGCCGCCUGCGUUAGAAAAAUCUACAUCUUUAGAAAGCGCUGACAAUAAACCUUUUAUAGA